GGGGCUCGGGCCGGGGGGAGGGGGAGGGAGCGGGCGCGCGGGCGGGCGCGAGUCCGGGGCUCCGAGCCGGGAUUCCAGGCCGGUCAGCUGGAGGCGGGCCGCACCACUCGGCCUGCGGAGACGGGGGUGGGGGGGCCGGGGCGCGGAGAGGGAGGGCGGGGAGCUCGGGAGGAGGGGCGUGCGGGCGGACGAGGGCCGCGGCGGAGGAGGGCGACCCGGAGGCUUUGGCAGCUCCCGCCGCCGCUCCCCGGCCAGAGCGAGGUCCCGUGCAGCGGCUCGGGGACAGACCUGAGGCCCCCGCCAGCCCCGGAGUCGCCGCGGCCGCUGUGACGCCCGAGGCCUCGCUCCCUCCGCAACACGCUCCCCUCCCCCGGAGGCUGCGCUGACCGGACAAUGGCCGCUCCGCCCCCUCCCCUCCGCGUGCUCCCCUCCCGAGGAGCCGCGAUGGUCUCGCCCGGGGAAGCCGCCGCCAAAGCCCAGCAGCUGAUCAGCUGGGAUCCGGGCGUGCCACUUUGUUCCGCGGCUCAGAGUCCGGGGCUGUGGGCAACGCCGAGAGCGUCGAGCAACGGGCUUCUGAGGCCUUCGUGUUCUAGGAACUUUCAAAAUCUGAGGCAAACUUACUUCCCCCUGUCAGAGGAAGGAGAGCAUGUUUCUGAGUACUCUGGGCGCUUCCCCCCCAGCAAAGCGAAUGUGUCCUUGGCCUCUAAACUUCUAGAGCAAGAACCAUAUUCAGCUCCGUAUCUUUCUAAAGAUGCUGUUGGUAGAGAAGAAAAUAUUUGUAAAAACCAAGCUACUUCACUGGAGCACUCCCGAAACGCUUUCAACUGGAAGAUGCCUGCCCAUCUUGGGGAAAGGAGACCAGUGGAAGUCUCUUUUUUGCGAAAGGACUUCACCUCUGAGUCCAUGCAGCUGACGUGGACUUUACUUAGCCUACAGGAUUUGGAGUUGCCUCAGGGAGACAUGGCUCAUUCUCUGAGCCAACUUGCUAUCUUCAUCUCCUGGGAUCAAGUGUCCUCAAGAUCACAUAAGCCCAGAGCUGCUGUGGGACCUUCUGUCUGGAGUAAGGCUGCCUGGCGAUCAAUCCAACAAAAAGGAAGGAAGAGAAAGAGAUUGAAUUAACAAGAUGUCAUUUCAGACCUUAAAUCCAGCUAAGCCUGAUGCCAGAACUGCCCUUUGGACUUUUCAGUUAUCUGGACCAAUAAAUACCUCUCCCUAUACACAUACUCUUACGUUAGAUUUCAGCACAUUUCCAUGAGAAAAGUCCUGACUAUCCCUAAUAUCUAUUUUAUAUUGUGGGUUUGUUGUGAAAAUUAAAGUAUAUAAUUCAAGAGGAAACCUUAUCUUAGUACACAAUUUAUUGAGUAUAAACUCGAUAAAUGUGUAUUAUUAUUUGUUUCUUCUUGAUAAUUAUUGGCCACUCUAGUGUAUGGGUAUACCCUUUGAAGAAUUCUCUCUUGAUUCAGUUUUCCCUCAUUUAUUCAUUUAUAUACGUUUAUUCAUUCAACAGACAUUUGAGCACCUAUUGUAUUAGGAACUAUCAGAGGUAUUAAGGUACAGUUCAAAUGAGGCAUAAAUUCCCUGCUUUAGUGCUUAUACUGUAGUAAUAAGGCAAGCAAUUUUUUCAAAUAUUUAGAAGAACAAACCCCACUUUUCAUGUUUGUAAAUAAUUACAGUGAACAUCUUUCAUCUUUGCCUGUGUGUCCUAUUAGUAUCUUGGAUAUGGUUUUUUGUUUGUUUUUUGUGGUUCUGGGGAUUGAACUCAUCGAGCUUGCCAGGCAGGCACUUAGGCCACUGAGCUAAAUCCCCAGCUUGGAUAUGUUUUUAAAUGGGGUCUCAUCAUAAUGACCAGACUGGCCCCACGCUUCUAGGUUUAAGCCAUCUUUCUGCUUCAGCCUGUCAAGAAAUGAGAGCUACAGGCUUGCACCACCCCCACUUGGCUUUUGGAUAAAUUUUUGCUUAUGUUUUGAGACAGUCUCACUAUGGAAUUUAGGUUGUACUCAAACUCACUAUGUAGCGCAGGCUGAUCUCCAACUCACAGCAAUCCUCUUGCCUCAGCCUCACAAAUUCUGGCAUUACAGAUGUGCACCAGCAUGCCCAGUUUUUUUGGAUAAAAUUUUUGGAAAAAAAAAAUCAUGAUACUCUUUUAAUAGUCAUUACACGUGGUCAAACUUUGUUCCAGAAAGGUUAUACCUACUUGCACUCCCUACAGCAAUGAACAAAAAACGUAGAUUUCCCCAUACCUCAGUAGCCUUGGGAUAGCAUUACUCUUUGCAAUUAUUGCCAAUGUAAAGAUAAAAAAACCCUCCUAAUGGUUAUUUCAAUUUGCAUUUUUAGAAUUAUUGAGCUCCAGGCACACAUAUAUGUUUACUUGUAUUUAUAAUUAUAUAUAAGAUGUAUUUUACAUAUAAGAUGUAUAUGUAUUUCUAAAAAUAUGUGUGCAUAAAUAUAUAUAAAGUAUUUAAAUCUU